AUGAAGCGACUCAAUAUCCACUUUAUUUCUUUUGCUUGUUCUCCUCCCACUCACCUCUUCUUUUUCUUCUUUCUUUAUUUCUUUUGCUUGUUCUCCUCCCACUCACCUCUUCUUUUUCUUCUUUCUUUAUUUCUUUUGCUUGUUCUCCUCCCACUCACCUCUUCUUUUUCUUCUUUCUUUAUUUCUUUUGCUUGUUCUCCUCCCACUCACCUCUUCUUUUUCUUCUUUCUCUAUUUCUUUUGCUUGUUCUCCUCCCUCACCUCUUCUUUUUUCUUCUUUCUUUAUUUCUUUUGCUUGUUCUCCUCCUCUCACCUCUUCUUUUCUUCUUUCUUUUAUUUCUUUUGCUUGUUCUCCUCCCUCCCACCUCUUCUUUUUUCUUCUUUCUUUAUUUCUUUUUGCUUGUUCUCCUCCCACUCACCUCUUCUUUUUCUUCUUUCUCUAUUUCUUUUGCUUGUUCUCCUCCCACUCACCUCUUAUUUUUCUUCUUUCUCUAUUUCUUUUACUUAUCAUUAUCUUUACUCUUUUGUUCCUUCUCACUUUUACGUUCCCUUUCUUCUUUCUCUAUUUAUCUACUUUUUUCUUUUCUUUUUUUUUUGUACUUCUCUCUUUUUAUUAAUUGCUUCUUCUUUUCGCUUUCUUUUUUCUCCUCUCUUUUCAUUCACUUUUUUCUUGUCUUCUUUUAAAUUAUUCUCGCCUUUUUAA